AUGGCAUCCCCGAGAACGGAGCGGGAUAUGCAAAGAUUGACCAGAAGAGUCGCAGCACUUAACCACUUUAUCUCGUGGUCAACAGAUAAGUGUUUGCCUUUCUACGAUACCUUGAAGGGGAACAAAAAAUCUGAGUGGACCGAAGAAUGCGAAAAAGCUUUCCAACAGCUGAAACACUACUUGGCCACUCCCACGGUGCUCGCAAAACCCGUAGAAGGGAAACCACUGUUCCUGUACAUCGCAGUAUCUGUAACGGCUGUGAGCGGCGUCCUCAUCCGAGAGGAACGCAGCGAGCAAAAUCCCAUCUUUUACAUAAGCAUCACUUUGCUUGUUGCGGAGACACAUUAUCCGAUGAUGGAAAAACUAGCACUUGCGGUCGUAAUGUCAGCACGAAACCUAAGGCCAUACUUCCAGUCCCAUACAAUUGUAGUGCUCACAUCAUUCCCACUGCGGACGAUCUUCCAUAGCCCUAGUCAAUAUGGAAGAUUAGCAAAAUGGGCAAUUGGGCUGAGCAAGUAUGACAUCGAGUAUCAAGCAAAAGCUUACGCAAAAUCGCAAGUACUCGUAGAUUUCUUAGUAGAACUUCCCGCGGGGUGCACGACUAACCAAGAGCCCGACUCGACCUGGACUCUCCACGUCGACGGAUCCUCGUCCAGACAAGGCUCCGGGGUCGGGGUCCGACUCACACCGCCAACAGGGGAAACGCUGGAACAGUCAUUCCGACUGAUCUUCCACGCUUCAAACAACAAAGCCGAGUACGAAGCCCUGAUCGCGGGCUUACAACUGGCUCAUGGCCUAAAGAUAUGCAACAUUCACGCCUACUGCGAUUCCCAACUUGUGGCAAGCCAAUACAGCGGGGAAUACAAAGCAAGGGAUGAAAGAAUAGACGCUUACUUAAAACUUGUUCAAAACUUGGCUCAAAGUUUCGAUCAGUUUGCUCUCACCCCGAUUCCUCGCGCCGAAAACUUCCAGGCCAACGCCUUAGCUGCCUUGGCGUCCAGUUCAGAUCUGGGUCUGAGCAGGGUAAUUCCCGUGGAAUUCAUAGAGCAUCCUAGAAUCGGGCUGCCUUUCAUCAUAAAAUUGAUCGAUUCACCCGACGGCGAUGCCGACGAAAUCAAUGUCCAGGCAAUUCAAGAUUCCGAGCAAUCCGAAUACAUAUUCGACAAACCUUGGACAGAGACGAUCCUUGCAUACAUCGCUGACGAAAAAAUCCCAACAGAAAAAUGGGCGGCCCAAAAGAUUAACAUCCAAUCCGCACGGUACGUCUUGGUUGACGGAGAACUCUACAAGUGA